CACCAGAGACACGUCGAAAAUGUCGGCGUCCCGCGCCAACACCCCACCUUCCGAAUCGGACGAGGCGACGUCACACAACCACACCAAUGGUGGUGAAACGAAUCACAACAACAACUUAAAAUUGAAAUCAACACAAAAUGGCGACGGCGGCAGCAGCAACGAUAAACUUUCGCCGGAUCAAGAUAUAUACAUAAAUCAAGCCGAUGGCUUACCCAGCCAACAUCCCACAUUACCCGAAGGAGAUGUAGACAGCGACAGUGAAAAGGAAGCUGUCGAUCCUGAUUCCUUCGACGAUUUGCCCACAUCCAUAAUUGUGACUAAUAUACACUCGGAGGUGUUUACCAAUCCAGAACUGAAACAACAAAUGGAGGAACUCUUUCGCACCUUCUGCGAUUCGGCGACCUUUCAGUGGUUACGUAGCUUCCGACGUUUGCGCGUCAACUAUGACAAUGCCAUAGCAGCGGCCAAUGCACGCAUCAAAUUGCAUCAGUAUGAAUUUAAUAAGAAGACGACGAUAACUUGUUACUUUGCACAGCCCGUAACGCCAGUCUCGAAUAAAAAUCUACAACCACCAGCGCCGGUCAAGCAAUUCCUAAUCUCGCCACCAGCUUCACCGCCAGCCGGUUGGGAGCCACGCGAAGAAAACGAGCCGCUGGUCAAUCAUGAUCUCUUGGCGGCCUUGGCCAGUCUAACGCCCGGCGAGUCACACGAGCUGCAUCCCCAGACCGAAGAUCAGCCGGGCAUUAUUGUGCACACGGCCAUGUUGCCAGAGGGCGCGGUAAGCGCACCAACACUAGCGAUCGGCGCCAAACCGACCAUAGUGCAAACCAAAUGUCCGGAGCGUGCGUAAAGCGUGACAACGGAACGUUCCUGCUUUGGAUGGGCUGCUGGACGGGCUGGACGAAUUAGUUUUAAGUACAAUGGCAGGUGCUGAGCACCGAAUUGAAAGUGAAACGAAGUUAAAGCGUAACUAGUUAAUGCAAAUACAAAUUUAGUACAGCAAUGAGCUAAAAUAUAUAUAUAUAUAUAAAUACAUAUAUAAAUAUUGUUGUAAUUAGGCUGUUUUUGUAAAUGAAUUGUUCUGUGAAAAUAUAACUGGAUUCCUAUCACUUCGAAAUUGUAGGCUCGCUCGGCGCAUGUUGAGCUAUAAACUGAAGUUUUUACAUGUACAUACACACAUAUGGUACAUAGUACAUAUGUAUGCACCUCUCACAUCACUGCGUCUAACAACAAAACAAAACUAAGUGAGAAUUUUAAAGAGUUUUUCGGAAACUUUAAAUUUAAGCCUAAAUGUAUAUACAUACAUACACAUUUUUAUGUACAUACUUAUGAAUUUAUUAUUUAAUUAUGUUUUUUUAUUACUACUUUAUUUUUUUAUUUUAUUAUUAUUAUUUAUUCAUCAAUUUUAAUUAAUUGUAAAAAGUAAAUUUGAGCAUUAUUUAUAUUAAAGUGUAAAUAACUUAUCCAAACACAUUUUUUUUAUUUUAAUUCAACAAUAUUCAAAGUGUACAUUCUUUUUAUAUAAACCAGUCCUUACAAUAAAUUGUAUGUCAAAAGAGCGUUAAUUAAUUUUUUAUGAAUAAAUUAUUUAUGUGUAUAUAUUGAAGUGUAGCUUUUGUGUUUUUUUUUUUUUGAAUUUCGUUUUUCAUUCUAUUUUUUGAUAAAUUUUUAUUAUUAUUAUUAUAUUUUGAAUUAAAUUUGCUGCCCAAAAUCUCGUUAUAGGAUAAAUGUUUCAAUAUUUUAAUUUUGUAUUAUACUAUGUUAACUUUUUUAUAUUUAUUAAAGUAUUUUAUUCCUUUCUAAAGGGGAUACAUGGGUUUUCUCGGGUAAAA